AUUUUUUUGCCCCCCUGGUUUUUUCCCUGUUCAUCUUUGAGAGUGUUUUAAGUUUCUCUCUCUCUUGUGUUUAAUGGCUGCUUUAAACUUGGGCUCCGCUUCUCACUUUGUUGACCAGCUCCAGCACCGCCCUGAUCUCCACCUAGAGCCGCCGCCGGAUUCCGGCCACUUCAACGGCGGGGGCGAUGUCAUGGUCCGCCGGCCGAGGGGCCGCCCGGCCGGGUCCAAGAACAAGCCGAAGCCGCCUGUGAUCAUCACGCGCGAGAGUGCCAACACGCUCCGAGCUCAUAUCUUGGAGGUCGGUAGCGGCUGCGACGUGUUCGAGGCCGUGGCUGCCUAUGCACGGCGGCGCCAACGGGGGAUCUGCGUGUUGAGUGGGAGUGGGAUAGUGAACAAUGUCAGCUUGCGGCAACCCGCAGCGGCGGGCUCGGUGUUGACACUGCAAGGUCGAUUCGAGAUAUUGUCGUUGUCGGGAUCGUUUCUGCCACCGCCCGCUCCUCCCGGUGCCACCAGUUUGACGAUCUUCUUGGCUGGAGGACAAGGGCAGGUGGUAGGCGGAAAUGUGGUGGGAGCUUUGAUCGCAUCGGGACCGGUCAUUGUCAUAGCUUCGUCGUUUAGCAACGUGGCGUACGAGAGGUUGCCAUUGGAUGAAGAAGAAGAAUUGCCGAUGCAGGCCGGGGCUGGGCCGCAGAGCUCCGGUGGAGGCGGAGACGGCGGCGAUAGCCACAACAACCCUUUUCCCGACGCAUCUUCCGGCCUGCCCUUCCUUAAUCUGCCAAUGAACAUGCCGAAUCAGAACCAAUUUUUCGGUUGAAAAAUUGGAUGAACACUUCAAAUUCAUCUGCAAAUUCACAGGUUUAAUCCCAAUAAUUUUCAGUCAUAAAUCUCUCUCUCUUCUUUCUUAGUCUCCAAUCUCUGCUUGUUUGUGGUGUAAAACUUUGUUAAAUUGUCUGAUUUAAUGUUCAAUUAAUCUUGAUGAUCAAAA